AUGGCGUCCCAAUCCUUCUCCGUAGCCAUCAUAGGCGGUGGCCUCUGCGGCCUGGCCCUUGCUGUCGCGCUUAGACACCGUGGUGUCUCCUCCACCGUAUAUGAGUCUCGAGGCUCCUUCACCGAACUCGGCGCUGGCAUCAACAUAGGCCCCAAUUCAUACCGGGCGUUCCAACUCAUCGACUCCGCCUUGGCUGAGAGCUUCCUCGAACACGCCGUCCGUAAUCCGCCCGGCAAAGAGCAGGUCUGGUUCCAAGUCCGCACUGGAGCGGCUACGGGCCCACCGCUGGAACUACCGGAAGCGCACUUGAUUUCCGAGUUCCUCGCACCUCCCACGGGCAACAUGACGAUUGGACGAAAUGGACUUUUGCAGUUGCUUGCUGAGAAGGCCGGCCUGACCGAAGGCGAAGGGACGAAGAAUGCGGCUUUCAACAAGAAGCUCACAGGUUUGCACCAAACCGAGUCCGAGGUUACGAUGUCGUUCGAAGAUGGUACCAAGGCCUCAGCGAGCGCAGUAAUAGCCUGCGACGGUAUUCACUCCAACGUCCGGAAAGCCAUGGUGGGUACUGGUCCAGCAUCAAUUCCGCAGUUCAGCGAAGUAGGCGCCUACCGUGCCUUACUUUCAAAAGCCGACCUCGCUCGCGAGAUUGGGGAGGAAAUGGCAAUGACGAGCCAGGUCUUCACCGGUCCGCAGGGCUACGUAAUAAUGUACCCUAUCGAUAGCACGACAGUAAACGUAGGUUUCUGGACCUGGAGGCGCGGAAAGUGGCCGCACAGGGAAUGGAUGAUUACGUCUCAGAAGACAGAUUUGGAAAAGGACUUUGGGGCAUUUGGUGAGACGGUGCACAAGAUCAUGAAGUUGGCGGGCAAUCCGAGUUUCUAUGCCACGCAUUAUCAUGUUCAGCAGCCGGAACAUUGUUUCAAUGGCCGCGUGUGCUUGAUUGGAGAUGCUGCGCAUGCCAUGCCUCCACACGCUGGCGCGGGCGCCUCCCAAGCUAUGGAAGACUCUUACGUGCUGGCCGAAGUCCUUCACUGCAUCUCUAAAACCGCCUCCGCAAGCACACCAACCCAGGAGCAGGUUGCGGCCGCUUUCCGCGGCUACGAGGCCGUACGCUCGCCUCGAUACAAGCGAGUGACCCAGGUGAGCGUAGAAGGCAUGAACGCUUGGACCCAUCUAUUCGAUGGGCCAGUCAGCCAGGACCGCUUAGAGCAGUGGACGAUGGUGAACCAGGAGCGAUUCCAGUGGAUCUGGUAUUAUGAUGUCGCUGACGGUGGGAAGGAGGGUUGUCGGCUUGUGCAGGAGGCUCUCAAGAGAAAGGUUUCGCAAGUAGCGCUAGCUAGGCGGGAACAGCCGUCAAUACAUCAGCUCACGUGCACUUACUUUACUCUUAUCCUCCAACAGAGUCUGGCAAAGACGUGUACCUCCUCCUUUCCACCCGCUCUCACCAUCGCAAUGUCCGCUCCUUCAAUCUCCACCUCCUCCUACGCCCACAUUCCCCACCCUUCCACCGCCGAGGAAGUCGACUCUCUUCCCUCCUCCUCCGCCGGCACCUCCGAUGAUGAGGACGAGUCGGACGCCGAGCGGGAGUGGCGUGAGAGCUUGCAGCAGCUGGAGCUGUUACUCACGAUGGUGCUCGUGCCGUAUAUGGGCAAAUACUUUGGGAGGAAGUGCGCUUAUUGGGGCUGGGCUAAGUACAUGGAGUGGCAGUACCCUGUCUCGAUUGAGGUGACAAGCCCAACUGCAUUCAAGGCUGCGGGUGCGGUGCAAGCUGCUGCGUCAAUCUGA